CUUUAGUUUUGUCUCAAUCGCUGUCCGAUACAGUUGUCUAUAGAUUGCAUUAACUAUUGACUUUUAAUUAGUAUUAUUUAACUAUAUAUUUAUAACACGUUUGUUUCACAACAACAACAACAAAAUAUAAAUUAUUUUAUUGAUUAAUUAUUGCUAAAAUUGUAAUUAAUGUGUGAUUAUCUGAAUUGAAAUGGCGGCCACUGUAGCGAUGGACCACACGAUGACAACAAUGGGUGGUAUGGAUAUGGAUAUGGAUAUGGGAAUGAAGAUGUACUUCCAUACCGGGUAUGAAAAAAUGGUUCUGUUCGAGCAUUGGAUGGCCACCACUCCAUGGGGAAUGAUCGGCGCGUGUGUCUUCUUCUUCGUGUUGGGCGUAAUCUAUGAGGGGUUGAAAUAUUACCGCCAAUUCCUGGCACUCAAAGCGCAGUCUUUGCUCACAAUUCAGGUCCACGAAGAGAGCGGAAACGGCUCGACGAGUACAGCGACACCCGAUUCGCCCAUUUCUAGCGCCGAUAAAUACGAUCGUCCGCUUCACACAACCGACUGCACCGUAAGGCCAGCCAUUCGGCGCCUAUCGUUCGCUCACAUCUAUCAGACAGCUCUCCAUAUGAUACAAAUGUUAAUAUCAUAUGUCCUAAUGUUGGGAGUCAUGACAUUUAAUGUGUGGUUAUGUUUGGCUGUUAUAUUGGGCGCCGGUUGCGGGUAUUUUCUAGUCGGUACCCAAAAGCCCAGCACCUCCUCAGCCUUUAGUGAUCACUGUCAC